GCACGAUAUGUCGGCAAACAAAAAUGUUUACAAUUCUGCUGAUUCUAGUCGUGUGCUUGUCCGAAAUUCACGCCGCUGACUACAUGGCGAUCGCGGAGGACUCAUUUUUACCAUGCACGGACGGCCCACCCGGAUCGAUUCCCGUGACCGAAGCUUUCUACUUGGACGACUUGGUGGUCGAGUUGGUUCCCGAAGGCAUUUACGUAUCGGGAAAUGCCACAACCUUAUGGAAUUUUCCAAGAACAGAUCGUCUUCAAGCUAAGGUGAGUAUUUUUCACCAUAAUCGUGGUACCUGGGAACCGACGGUAUUCAACGUACUCACACGGGACCUUUGCACUGCGAUUUUUGACAAGAAUACUUACUGGCAUAACUCGUGGUUCAGAAACCUUUUAAACGAGGAGGAGAUAAAGGAAAAGUGUCUAACAACAAAAGAUACCGUGUUGGCUUAUAACCCAUUCCUUUUGAAAUUACGUGCUGAGAACAUAAUUGGCCCUCCUCUUCAUGGACGUUAUAUGGCCAAGAUCAUCUUUGAAGCAUUCGACCAAAAUAACGAACGUCGGCCGACAUCUUUGUGCUUCGAGUUUAGAGGAAAUGUUCAGAGGAUAAGAAAAUAA